AUGAAAAGGAAAGAGCGUUGGUGGAUGUACCAUAGAUAUGAUGGCAGUAAUGCCCGUAGACUUAGGCAAGAGUUUGUGGAAGGUGUUGAACAAUUCAUACGGUUUUGUAAAGCUCAUCCUGAGAGCCUGGGCAUAGAUGAAGUAAGAUGCCCUUGUUUGUUAUGUAAGAAUAGACGUCUUCAUGAUGCUAACACAGUAAAACUCCAUUUGUACAAAAAGGGGUUUAUACCUGAUUACUAUGAGUGGGUUUCUCAUGGUGAAGGGUUCCCUACAUCAAGUGUAGAGCAACCAAAUACUUACCGUGAAAUGGUUCUCGAUGCUCUUUGGAGUAAUCAUGAACCAACGGGUGACGAUACUACUAGUGGUUCAGAUGAAGAGCCAAAUGCUCAAGCAAAAGCAUUUCAAGAGCUUUUAAAGGUUGCUGAGCAACCACUGUACGAAGGUAGCUCCAUGUCUAUGCUAGAAAUGGAAUCUCGAAUUGUAUCUUUGAAGUCGGAAUACAAUUUGCCCCAUUGGUGCGUUGAUGGGUUUUCUUCAUUACUGAACGAAGCGAUUCCCGACAAUAACAAGAUGGGAAAAGCAUUCUAUGAUACAAAGAAGAUUCUUAAUGGACUUGAGCUUCCGCACAAGAAGAUCCAUGCAUGCCCAAAGGGUUGUAUGUUAUUUUGGAAAGCUGAUACUGAGUUGGAUAAGUGUAGAGUGUGCAAAAGGGAUAGAUACAAGAGGACUUCAAAGGGGUCAUUGGUUCCAAUAAAAGAACUUAUCGAUUUUCCAAUCACUCCAAGGCUACAACGGAUGUUUGCAACAAAGAAUGUUGUGGAGGAAAUGACCUGGAAUUCCAAAAAUCCAAGAGUCCAAGGCACAAUGGCGCAUCCUAGUGAUAGUGAAGCUUGGAAGCACUUGGAUAAAUCCUUCCCCGAUUUCGCAUCUGAACCUAGAAAUGUGAGACUUGGUAUGUGUACAGAUGGGUUUGCUCCUAAUGGCAAGUUUGGGGGUCAGUAUUCAUGUUGUCUAGUCAUUCUGACCCCUUAUAACUUGCCUCCAUCAAUGUGCAUGAAAAAACCAUUUAUGUUCCUUUGUUUGCUCGUUCCUGGUCCUAAAAAUCCGAAGGAAUACUUGGAUGUGUAUCAACCGUUAAUUGAUGAAUUGAAACAACUGUGGGAUGUCGGUGCAACUAAUUACGACAUCUCGCAAAGAAAAAACUUUAAUUUGCGUGCAGCAAUCUUGUGGACUAUAAGUGAUUUCCCAACCUGUGGUAUGCUUUCUGGUUGGGCAACAUCUAGUAAAAAAGCAUGUCCAUAUUGCUUGGACAAAUCAAAAGCUUUUUGGCUUGAACAUGGUGGUAAAAUGUCUUGGUUUGAUUGUCAUCGCCAAUUUCUUCCUCCCGAACAUCCUUUUCGAAACAACAAAAUUGCUUUUUGUAAGAAUAAGGUUGAAAAGGGGACACCACCUCACAUAAUGUCUGGCGACGAGCUAUGGCAACAAGUUUAA